AUGGGAGCGAGCCGAGGAUGGAGGAGCCAUGGGGAUGGGAGCGAGCCAGAGGAGAUGGAGCGAGCCGAGGAGGAUGGCGAGCCGAGGAGGAUGAGGAGGAGGAUGGGAGCGAGCCGAGGAGGAUGGGAGCGAGCCCGAGGAGGAUGGGAGCGAGCCGAGGAGGAUGGGAGCGAGCACGAGGAGGAUGGGAGGAGCGGCCGGGAGGAUGGGAGCGAGCCGAGAUGGAGCGACGGGAGGAUGGAGCGAGCCGAGGAGGAUGGGAGCGAGCCCGAGGAGGAUGGGAGCGAGCCCGAGGAGGAUGGGAGCGAGCCAGGAGGAUGGGAGCGAGCCCGAGGAGGAUGGGAGCGAGCCAGAGGAGGAUGGGAGCGAGCCUGA